AUGGUGUCCGGCCUCUCCCACGCGAGCCUGCAGGCCAACGCGUCCACCAUCCCUUCCAACUACUUCAGAAUCUACAACAACGAUUUCCUGAACAUCCUCGGCUCCGCGCCGAAGCUAGAGCUCCUUCUUGAAAAUAAUGAUUACCCCUUCGCCCACGAGGCGAGCGUGUACAUCCCCACCUCAGACUCACUGUUCAUAUCAAGCAACCUCUUCACCGAUCCGAUCACCAAUAAAUCCACCAUCAAAGUCACCAAAGUCAACGUGAGCGCCCACCCCGUCACGGCCGAAAUCAUCAAUACGACAAUUCCCAUGCCUAAUGGGGGCGUGAACAACGGCAAUGGCAUCCUCUGGGCUGCGCAGGGCACCCUCAACGAAACAGGCGGUCUGUUCCAAAUGUCCGCGACAGCACCGUACAAGUCUGAGUUGAUCAUCGGGAACUACUACGGUCGGGAAUUCAAUUCCAUUAAUGAUGUGGUCGUAGCUAGUGACGGCGCGUUCUGGUUCACGGAUCCCAUUUAUGGCUGGAAGCAGGGGAUUCGUCCCAAGCCGCAGCUGCCGAACCAGGUGUACCGGUAUGACCCGGCGACUAAGGAUGUGCGUGUCGUUGCUGAUGGGUUUGGUCGGCCGAAUGGGAUUUCUUUCUCGCCGGAUGAGAAGACUGUGUAUGUCAGUGAUACGGCGGAGACAGUUGGUGAUGGGUCUACUGAUUUGCUGCUGCCAGCCACGAUCUACGCAUUUGACGUGACCACUAUCCACGGACAACAAUUUCUAACCAAUAGACGCGUCUUUGCGAUGCCAGGCGACGGAAUUCCUGACGGAAUCAAAGUUGACCAUGACGGCAAUGUAUACGCAGGCUGCAAAGACGGCGUGAAUGUCUGGUCAGCCGGAGGUGUGCUACUAGGCAAGAUUCUGAUCAAGGAUGGGACGUCAAACUUUUCGUUUGGACGUGACGGGCGCAUGUUCAUUUUGAAUGAGAACAAGCUCUUUGCGGCGCAACUGAACCGCACUGUGCGUGGAACGCUAUUCUAG